CCUCUUUCUCCUCCUUCAGCUCUGGAAACUCCUCAGAGAUCACCCGUCGCUCCUCCUGCUCCAAUUUUAGUACCACAAACUUUGGACAAAGACAAGAACAAGGAUUGUAACCUGGAGCAGCUUUCAAAGAAAGAUGAGCAAGACGCUCCUAAAACAGACUUUACUCAACCAGUGUGUUCAAAGCAAAACACACUCAAGAGUCAAUGUGGAGUUGAUGCCUGGAAGAGAUGGAUCAAGUGGAGAGAGUCGCAAACCAACCCGGAGCCCGUUUCUUCUCAUGCACUGACGCUGAAGGCGGACCUCCUUCGUUGCUCUGUGGCUGAACUGAGCGACUGCCUGCUUUGCUUCAUCAGGGAGGUGAAACAGUCCGAUGGAGAGCCGUACUCCCCCGGCAGGCUGUUCUACCUCUGCCUCAGCAUUCAGCUGUUUUUGGUUCAGAACGGUCGGCUGGAGAACAUAUUCAGUGAUCUCAUCUACGACAGGUUUUCCACUGAGUUGACCAAGAUCCUUAAACCUUCAGUCACAGGUGGAGGUUGUGUCCUGUCCUGUGUGGAGGAGCAGUUUCUGUGGGACUGUAAACAGCUGGGGGCGUACUCCCCCACUGUCCUGCUCAACACGCUGCUCUUCUUCUUCUGCAAGUACUUUGGCUUCACCACAGUCGAGCAGCACCGCCGGCUGUCCUUUGCAAACAUCACACUCUGCACCAAAACCAGCAAGAGCAACACCAAGACCACCUUCCUACGCUUCCACCCACCUACUUGUACAAACCAGGAAGAGUCAGACACGUAUGACGUCCCAGCUAAGAAGGUUAAGAAAAACGAGUCUGAGGAGGAUUUGCUGGAGAUGAUGGAGAACCAGGAGAACCCCCUUCGUUGUCCAGUCAGACUCUAUGAGUUCUACCUCUCCAAGUGUCCCGCAUCGCUGAGGCAGCGCAGCGAUCUUUUCUACCUCCAGCCAGAUCGGAGCUGCCUUCCCAGCAGCCCUCUGUGGUUCUCGCCCGCCCCGCUCAAUGACAGCAGCGUGGAAGCCACGAUCAUCCGAAUCCUUGCUGUCCGAGGGCUGCAGGGGGGGAGAGAGAGGGUGCAUGUAUGGCCCCGUAACCACUGGAUGACCCAUCAUUUACACCUGAUCAGGAGGACUCAUUGUUUGAAGGACUUUUUUAUUAGGUGCAUCAAGAUUGAUUUAAGAAUAUAUACAUAGUAAAAACAUCAGCAUGAUUCAAUGAAAGAUGGCUGUUUAAAAACACACUGUUUAUGAACAAGUGGCAGAAAGACACCAGAUGUUUCCAUCAGCAGCUGGUGGAAGCUAAAAAUAGAGCUAAAAGAGACUUUAGAGAUUACAGCUGAAUUU